GAUGGUUUACACCAGGGAGUAGUAAAAUACAACUCCCUGGUUUACACAGUCUGUACUUCGUUUUUCUCUGCGAUAAGCGGAUCCGCGGAAGGCUUGUGAUGUUCAGCUACAUAAUUAUUAUUUUGAGUGACAAACGGUCGUUACCGCCCCCUAAAUCCUAAUGGUGUGUGGCUCACUGGGGCGGCUACACAGCUGGUGUUUGAUGGGUAGAAAAUACCUCUACCGCUAGCAACUACUGCAUGCAAGAAAGCCUUUGAAGCGGUGAGUAUGAAUGGAUAUUUCGUGGCGUUCCUUGGCGUAGGGACAGCAGUCUUGGCUAUCCUGUUUGUCGCCCUGGAUGACCCUGGACACUCCCACGAGCCGGUGGCUGCCCACAGUACUAGGUGGAGCAAGCGAGUAGCUAAUGCCCUGCUGGCUGAUAUGCAGGGGUCUUCCAAGGCGAUACGGGCAAACUCCGUGGAGGUUCGGUGCCCGAGCGGUCUUGUAUCUGGCGAGCGGGUGGGCGAAAUGUUUGACUCAUUCUACGACGUGCCAUACGCCACAGCUGGAAGGUGGCAAGGUGCACGGGAGGUGCUGGCCUGGCACGAGCCUGUCGAUGCAAGAAAGCCCAGUAAGUAUUGUGUACAAGCAUCCAACAGGGUGCAUAAACCAAUGGUGGACCGUGGAUACACGCCACUGUCCACCGAGGAUUGCUUGGUACUGAAUAUCCACCGCAUGGCUCAGCAUGCUCCCGAACACAGUGACGACUCAUCCGGCGAGCUUGUUCCGGUUAUGGUGUGGGUACAUGGCGGUUCAUUCAAUCAUGGAGUUGGAUCUCUGUACGAUGGAACUGCAUUAUCUGCAGGCAACGUUCUUGUCGUUACCGUCAACUAUAGACUCGGUGUUCUUGGCUUCUUGAGACUGGAUUCGAACACUGCACAGCAAUCUAACAACAGUGAUAAUAGUGCGGGUCACAAUGAUUCACCAACAUUGGCAAACUUUGCUCUGACGGAUAUCUCAGCAGCGUUGCACUGGAUACAGCGUAACAUUGCCGCGUUUGGCGGCGAUCCAAAGAAGGUGACUUUGUUUGGUGAGUCAGCUGGCGGUGCACUCGUCGGCUGGAUGUUGCUUGGCAAAGACCUGCUGCCCAGGGAUAUGAUCAGGGGUGCAAUCUUACAAAGUGGAACACCCAAUGCACCGUGGGCUUGGAGAUCCACGGAGAGGGCCGAAUGGGACACUCAGCAACUGUCCGCUUUUCUCGACUGCAAACAGCAGACGCUCCAGAAGCGCAAUGCUUGUUUGCGCAAUAAAACAGCGAGUGAGGUCAUGGAGGGACAAAACAGAUUGCUGCAGAACUUGGACAAGGCAUAUGCACUACCAACCGCAGAAGUGGUUUUCGCAUCUCCGAUAAUUGAUAGAUUAACAAUUGAAAAGCCACCCGACGUUCUGAUGGACUCACUCUCACAUAUGGACUUCCCAGUAGUCAUCGGUCGCACCAAGCAUGAAAUGUCAUUAUUUGUUCUGAGACUGGCGGGGUUCGCAAAGCUCGUGGAACACGGCAUGACUGCGUCAACGUGGUCUGAAUUCAUGGGUGACCGCCUGUCCUUGGCUCAGCCUCAACAGCACCCUUUCAGCAUGCAGUUCCCCAAGCCAGUGUCUGCCGUGCUUCAAACCAUUCUGAAUGAUGCUUACAGCCAGAGUGAUGAGAAUGAUAAUCUGUCUGACCAACAGCAGCAGCAGCAGCAGUUAUCCAAGACUAUAUUAAGCCAGGUGAUCACACUGUGGAGUGACACCAUGUUCGCAUGCCCUGCGUACGACAUGGCACAUGCAUUGGACCAACGGCCUGGCAAUGUUGUGUACAGCUACUGCUUCUCGUGGCAAGAUGGCCGAUUUCCAGCUUGGGCCGGUGCAGCACACACUGCUGAGCUCGACUUUGUGUUUGGAGCACCAAUGAUGCAGAAGACUGUAUCGAUCUACAACUACGAUGACAUUGAUUUCGAUAAUGCCAGUAUUGCCUUUAGCGAGCAGGUUAUGGACCUGUGGACAGCCUUUACCAAGGACAGCACAUCAUUCCAACAGAAGGUGGCAUCCAUCACUAAGCAAGAGUUGCCGGCACCAAGGAAAGAGCUAGACCUUGGUAAUGAUGGAGUGCGCCUUGUGACACCGACAGAGCUAGGGCGCCGGUGUAAGGUUUGGAAAGACAUAGUUCAUCCGCUGAUAGGAUUGCUGGAUAUAAAGCGCCCUGAGCCCUGACAGCUGCCUGCUUAUGUCUUACACUGUGUAUGAUGCCGCAGUGGGCCUACUCUGAAGUCUAAACGAUCAACAUUAGUGACCUGUGACACAGUGCCCCUUUCCAUCAGUGCCACUUCUGUUACGUCAGUUUUAGCCCCAAGUACAUGACGUACAUGUCAAAGACCCCCUUCAGUAUGGAAUUGACUGUGUGGCGAAAUGUCCUUACAUGGCAAAAUUGCAUACAAAAAUAUAUAAAUAUAUAUUUUUAUGGAUGGCAUCCGCGAUCCGCACAAUCAAUUCAAGAAUCUGUACCUGUUUCGAGUGCACGUACAGGUGCGCUCACCCGACCCAAAGUGCGAAACUGGCGCCCUGGACCAGUUCCGAUUUCAUCACUUUCAUACAUGCCAUGCACCACGUGCCUGUUGUCAGGUCGUUGCCAGCAUUUGGCCAAUCAGAGCAGCACCGUACCCAGGUAUUUUCAGUCGAUUCUGCCCAG